AUCAAGUUCAAGGACGCUGUUGGGCGUAAGUUCAGCUUCCCAUGGGAACUGUGCAAGACAUGGAAGGGCAUGGAAGAACUUAUCAAGCAGGCUUUCCUCCACGUAGAUGUCAUUGGGCCUCACGUGCACCAAGGCCACUACGAUCUUGUGGGACCGGAUGGCGAGAUCAUUCUACCUCAAAUCUGGGAAACCGUGAUCCAGCCU